GACGCAGGGUUUGAACUCACGAACCUCGAGAUCGUGACCUGAGCCGAAAUCAAGAGUUGGACACUUAACUGACUGAGCCACCACCCAGGCGACCUGAAACAAUGUUGUUUUAUCUUGAGUUACUUAAAACUGGCUGUCUUUCCUAAAUCUGUGGGUCAUGUCUAAGGUGGAAGGCAGUAUUUGAGACAACCCAGAUGCACAGCUUAGAUACCUAGCCGGGAGGAACGGCACAGUUCCUUCCUUAGACUAUAAACAAUGAACUUUAAGGACCCGAUCGAGUACACAUCUCCAGUGCCUUCACCCUCCAUGACUUGAGUUAGUUUGGUGACGGGGCCAUUUGCCACAGCUUCCACCCUCUCUCUGCCCUUUGAACGGCCUGAUGCUCACUAACCGAUGAGCAAAACCUGGAAGAGGUGAGCUGCUGGGCCGGCUAUGUUGCGCACCGUGGUAAGAGAUCUGUGCUUCGCAAAUUGUGCAGCUUCCCAGGGAGUGAAUGGGGCGAUUGUCCUUCACGUAGAGAUGGAAUGUGUUUAGUUUGAGCUGUGUCUUUAUUGUGUAAUUGAUUUGAAGGAGGUGAGGCUAUUAAAAGGAGGUAGAUCCUGGAGCGCAUUUGAAAAUGGAAGGUGAGAAAAUUCCUGGGCCUUAGUGGAGCAGUGUGGGGAGCAGGAAGUAAUCCCCGUUGACAGGGUGUGAGGUGGGAAGUGUUGAGGGCACAGCGGUGUGUGGAGGCGGAAGUAUUCCAGGUAGAACAACGUGUGGAGUAAAAAGUAUCCCGAGUGGAGCAGUGUGUUCGUAGGCAGUAUCCCCAGGUAGAGGGGAGGCUUAGUAGGAAGUGUCCCUGGUGGAGCAGUGUAUAAAGUCACCCCCUAGAACACUGUGGUGUAGGAAGUACUCUGUGUAUGGAGCACAGAGUAUCUCAAUAGGAAGCAUACCAGCAGAAGCCUGUGGAAUAGGAAGACUAUUUGGUGGAGCAGUGUGUGAAGUAGGAAGCCCCCCCCUCCCCCCCCCCCCCGCCCCCCGGAAGUGCCGUGCAGGACGAGGCUCGCUCAGGUGCAGCAACAGCUAGGAGGAAACAUCUGGGCAGAGAGGUGUGUGCCAAGGAAGCUGUCCUUAGAUAGAGCCCCGUUUUGGCAGCAAGUGGUUCACGUCAAGCAAGGUGUGGAGUAGGAAGUAUCCCAGGUAAAGCAGAAUGGGAGAAAACAUCCUGGGUAGCAUGCAGAGCGUGCUCUCCCCUAGAGAGCGGCGGGUAGUAUGGAAGUUUCUGCAUAAAGCAGUUUGUGGAGUAGGAAGCGUAGGACGUAACCUCCGGUGAGCAGUGUGCGGAAUAGGAAGUGUCUCCAGGAGGAAAGUAUGGAGAGAAGGAAGCGGGGAGUGAAGUGGAGCUACCCCCCAUACAGCAGUAUUACUGGUGUCUGGAGUAGGAAACCUUCUGGGUAGAGUAGUUGUUGGAGUAAGAAGAGUAGAACAUAUUCCCGGUAGAGUAGUAUGUGGAGCAAGUAGGAUGUGUCCUGGGUAGGUAAACGUGUGAGUGGUACCCCAGUAAGCAGUGUAGGAGACGCCAGGUACCUGGUAGAGCAGCCUGUGGUGCGUGGGUGAUGAUAGGUCACCCGGAGAGCAGGGUGUGGAAUAGGGGGUGUCCCCUAGAGAGCAGGCUGGAGUUGGGAGAUAUCCUAGUAGGGUCUUCAGGGUGGCUCAGUCGGUUGAGCAUCGGACUCUCUUCAGCUCAGAUAUGAUCUCAUGGUUCGCGCGCUCUGUGCUGAAGGCGCAGAGCCUGUUUGGGACUCUACCUCUCUCUGCCCCUUCCCCACUCACGUUUUCUCUCUCUCUCUCUCUCUUCAAUAAAUUUUUAUUUUUUAUUUUUUAAGGAGGUAUCCAAAUAGAACAGUGCAUGGAGUAGGAAGGAAGCAGGUGAGCUGGCGGGGUGGGGGAAUGCAUUAGGGAGGCUGCUCUUUACUCCUAAGCCUAAGCUCUGGUAUAAAAAUCAAAUCACCUUGUUAAAAAUGCAGAUUUCUCCCUCUCCUGGCAUUCUGAUUCUAUAAAUCUGGGUUAGGACCUAGGAAUGUGCAUUUUAUCACCCAGGCCAGGAAUUGAUGCAAAGACUGAGGAAAGCAGAUGAGGGUCUGUCGGACAGCAGGAGGGCCUUCGUGGGGUCCUCACUAGGUCUGGAUACUGGGGGAAUUCCAGGAGGAAUCAGCUGAAAGUGAGUGGUAAAGGGCACAGAAUUGAAUGCCAGCCUCACCCUCAUCUCAGGGCCGAUUUCUGUCAGGGAGGAGGUGUGAAGGUAGAACAGACUGGUGUCCGGGAGAGAAGGGAACAGGACCCUCCUGGAUAGAAGGGGUGGGUGGGAGGGUCUGUUGUGUUUCCUUCAGUGAUGUCGGUGGAGAGGAGCAUCUUGCUAUAGUGUUCAUAUUUGUUUAUUCAUUACUUUCCUUCCCCUCUGGGUUGUUUAUCAGGCAGAAACACAGUCAUGGGUGUAUGGGCCUGUAUUGUAGAAGAUGCUAGACCCGUUGUGCCCUAUAGUACAGAAGCCACCAGCCACCAUGGUUAUUUAAGUUGAAAUGAAAAGCUGAGUUCCUUAGCUGUACUAGCCCCGUUUCAAGUGCUGGACAGCCACAUGUGGUCCGUGGCUAGCAUAUGGGACAGCACAGGUACAGAACCAUUCCGUCAUCACAGACAGUUCAGCUGCACAGCACUGUUCCAGCGAGUAGAGAAGGACGCAGUGAAAGGUGGUCCAGAGGGUGGGGAAGUCUGAGCAUGGGUCAAGAGCAGAGGGUCUCCAUCACGUGAUGGGUUGUAAGUGCAAAUAAAUCAUUCGGGAGACCCAAAGUUUAAGCUUUUACCCUUGCUCCUUCCCUUUCCCCACCCCAGACUUCUACCGUUUCCGUUUCAGAGGGGGAUCCGGUAUUAACCAGACGCCGUGUUUUGGUUUUCCUGUGUUUUUAAUUCCUUUUCGGUUUUAGAGAAUAUCUGCAAAAACAUUUUCCGCUAAACGAUUCCGUAUCUCAUUUGUGCUGCACAUCACAGAACCGUGUUACUGCAGGUGUGGAGGAAAACAUGACCGAAACAGAUGCCUUCUAUAUGAGUGAAACAUUUGAUCCAGCAGAAAAGUACAAAAUGGACCACAAGAGGAGAGGAAUCGCUUUAAUUUUCAAUCAUGAAAGGUUCUCCUGGCGUUUAACACUGCCAGAAAGGCGAGGUACCAGCGCAGACAGAGACAAUCUUAGGCGCAGGUUUUCAGAGCUAGGAUUUGAAGUGAAAUGCUUUAAUGAUCUGAAAGCAGAGGAGCUCCUGCUAACAAUCCAUGAGGCAUCAUCUUCUAGCCACAUAGAUGCCGAUUGCUUUUUAUGUGUUUUCCUGAGUCAUGGCGAAGGCAGUCACAUUUAUGCACAAGAUACCAAGAUUGAAAUUCAGACUUUGACUGGCUUAUUCAAAGGAGACAAAUGUCAGAGCCUAGUUGGAAAACCCAAGAUAUUUAUUAUUCAGGCAUGUCGGGGAGACCAGCAUGAUGUGCCAGUCAUUCCUCUGGAUGUAGUGGAUCAUCAAAAAAACAUGCUGGAUGUCAACAUAACCCAGGUGGAUGCGGCCUCAGUUUCCACACUGCCUGCUGGAGCAGACUUUCUCAUGUGUUACUCAGUUGCAGAAGGUUAUUAUUCUCAUCGGGAAACUGUGAAUGGCUCGUGGUACAUUCAGGAUUUGUGUGAGAUGCUGGGAAAAUUUGGCUCCUCCUUAGAGUUCACAGAGCUCCUCACCCUGGUCAACAGGAAAGUUUCUCAGCGCCGAGUGGACUUUUGCAAAGACCCAACUGCAAUUGGAAAGAAGCAGGUUCCCUGCUUUGCCUCAAUGCUUACUAAGAAGCUGUAUUUCUUUCCAAAAUCCAAAUGAUAGGAAUAAUUGUGUUUUAUGUAUCUUGUCUAUAUUCAAAACAGAUUUUCUUGUCCUUUUAUAUAAAUAUCACUAAGGUGGAAGCUUAUGGUAUAGCAGUUUAAAAUGUUUUAAGGUUUAAUGAGAACUUAAAAUAGUUGAUGUUGGUAUUAGACAUGCUGAUAUUAAAGGGGUUGAUAUAUAUGAAAUGAAAUCCUCAGGGAAUUACUAUAAAUAAAAAUACACAAACAUUUGUAAUACUUGAUUUUUAUAGUAAAUCUCAAGGUUACUCAAAAAUAUCUGGAAGAUUUAAAUUUGUAUUCUGUGAAGUUUUUAUAAAAGUUUUAUAAUGUUUUUAAAGGUUUUUGAAACCCAAAAACUAGUUUCCCCUUAAUAAAAUAUUUGAAAUCCA